CAUCUCCUUGAACAAGUCUCUAAUUUCCACCCAGAAAUUUAUCCUCACGUUCGUCAAAUGUACUCCCACAGUAGCUCUCUGGUCUACCAGCAAGGCGAUUGUAUUGUCAUCAUUCCAUCUGAAGAGGGAAUCCACCAAGGGGACCCCUUGGGUCCAGCUCUGUUCUCAACCGGUAUACAUUCAGUUCUGUCAGAUUUAAAGGGUUCAUUUCCUACUGUCAGAGUUCUUGCCUACCUAGAUGACAUCUUUUUGGUGGGGGAGAAAGAUGAUGUUCUGUCGUCCCUGGAUUAUCUAAGACCAGCAUUCUCUAAUAUUGGUCUUCAAAUUUCUUCCAGCAAGUGUGAGAUCUAUUCCCCAUCUGGACCUCUGAUGUCAAGCAGAUCUGAUCUAGAUGCCAUACCUGUAGUUAGCGAUGGGACUAUAGUUCUUGGGGCUCCAAUAGGCAAGAGAGAGUAUGUGUCUGCAGCCUCUAGCCAAUAUGCUGAGAGUGGAAGGCUGUUGUGUGAGCAGUUGAUGAAGUUGGGAGAGGUACAGAGUGCAAUGCUUCUUUUACGAUUCUGCCAUGUUCCUCGCAUGAACCAUUUAGCACGUUUAGUUUGCCCUGACAGACUUCAGGCAGCUGCCGAGGUCCAUGAUAAGAUUUCUCGUGAGACCUUCACUCACGUAUUGGGAUAUAGUCACCUCACUGACUCUUCCUGGAUGCAAGCUACACUGCCGGUCAGGUUUGGUGGUUUCAGCAUGUCACCAUGCCUCAGCACUUCUCGAUUUGCUUUUCUUUCGUCCUGGGUUCACACUCUGGUUCAUCUGCCUAUUCGUUAUCCAGACCUCAAAUCCGCACUGGAUCUUCUAGUCAACUCAAAUGGUGUCGAGGAAUCGAUAGCAUUUUCGCUGAUGCAGGCUGGCAGUGAUGGGACAGAUAUUACUGAAAUGAUUCAAGUUCCAACUAAACUACAACAGAGGCUGACACGGCAACACGCUAAAGAAAAGACGUCAGCAAUGAUCGAGAAGGCCCCCUCCCAGCGAGAUGCUGCUAGGCUAAGAUCGAUUCAAGGCAAGGGCACUGGAGCCUGGCUGAAUGCUAUGCCCACCUCAAAUAAGCUCGCACUAGUUUCCCGCGAUUUUCGUUUGGCGGCUUGCUUGAGAUUGGGGUUAGCCAUGCCCUUCGAUGGCUGUAUUCGUCAGUGUGACUGUGGUUCUUUUCUGGACAGUUGUGGAUACCAUCUCCUAACAUGUAAGUGGGGCGGUGGUCCAGUCUGGACCCAUGAGUGUAUUGCAAAUGUAUGGUCAGACUGUCUGCGCAGCUUACAAAUGCACCAUCACAGAGAGCCACGUCAUCGAUACAUUACAUCUGACAACCGCCCUGACAUAACAGUUUUCGAUGUUGGAUCAGGGUCCAACACAGAUUUAGACAUUUCGCUAGCACAUCCCUGGAGCAGUGAAGUAAUUUCAGCAUCAGCAUCUACGGAAGGUGCUGCAGCAUCCAGGAGAGAGCAGAAGAAAACGGAAAAAUAUAGCAGAGAACGACUUCUUGGUAAGGAAACAGUGACAGCAGUCCCACUAGUCUUGGAACAUUUUGGUCGAUGGGGACAACAAGCAGAAAUGUACCUACAGCAUUUGUCAAGUAGAUCAACGGAUGCCUAUGGAACAACAAAUGCCUCCUCAUUCAAGACACAUUGGAGGGAGCGCAUGUCCAUUCAGCUACAAAAAGCCAAUGCUCGAGUCAUCUACAGGAAAGUGGAGAGACUUUUAGAUGAUGCUAGUUAAUUUGUGUUUUUCCAAGGCCAUUUGGCCUUUAAUUUUUUUUUAGUAAAGGAGCAAGCACGUGUGUAGUUAAUUGGACUGAUGAGGACAUUGUGUUGUAGAGGAUUUAGCCUCCAUCUGUACGUACUUUGUUCUAUUGAAUAAAAUACC